UAUAUAAUGUGCAAAGCCGUGUCGAAACUUUGUUGUUAAAACAAAUGCAAAUGAUGUUGAUGACAAUAAAUAUAAUGAAACACCUGCGGCAAAAACGCUUUGACGCCAUCUGGUUGCUAAUUGGAUUAUGUGGACUGUCUACGACGUUUGCGUACUUUAUAGACUAUACAGAGAACACAGAGCUGAUACAGCAACGUGCCGGCUACGACGUCCGGUUACAGUGCAACCUAACGGGGCUGCUGGAUGAGCGCAGGCUGGCGGACAUUAAGAUACACUGGUACUUUAAGCAAUGCAGCGACAAUAAUUGCUACCAGCUGGAGUCUGGCGACGAUUGGACCGCCCUGCCGUGCGAGUCGACGCUCUGUCGCGCCGAGCUCUGGCUGCGCAAUGUCACGGAGCGAUACUCGGGCCUGUACAAGUGCAGCAUCAAUCCACAUGUAUGGGAUGCAACUCAGGCGGUGGACGUGCAACUUGUGCGCACUUAUCAGCUGGACGUUAAGAACAGCUCGCUUGCUGCACCUGAGUUCCUGGAUGCCUAUCCCAGCAAUAAGACAGCUAUUCAGGACAGUCGAGUGGUUUUUCAGUGUCGUGUGCACAGCGAGGAGCACUUGACCAUUAAAUGGUUUCGACGGCAUGGAUAUGCCGCAUAUUCUUCUGCUCAGGAUACACCGCAGCCCACGCAGGGCUCGUCAAAUUUUAGUGCUCAUAUUGUGCGCUACAAUGGACGCACUUAUGAGCUGCUCUCCACAUCCCCCGAGAAGCUCGUCAGUCCACAGAUCUACCUCAGUAAGCUGAUCAUUAACAAUGUGAGGAUCAGGGAUGCUGGCUACUAUGCGUGCGUGGCCAUUAGCUAUCGCGGCCACAAGAUCCGGGAAGCCUAUCUCGAAGUAUUGCCGUCUGACGAUGCUAUGGAGUACUGGGUGGACUACACUAACAGUGAUGAGCUUGUCACUGAGGAUACCAGCGAUCCUCGGGAAUUCCUGCUUCUGUUUCUCAUGCCCCUGGGCUUGGCGCUGCUGCCGCUGAGUGUUUGGGGCGGCUAUAUGUUGUAUAAGCGCUGCUCGAAGCAUAGCGAAUGCGAGCGCAUGGAACAGCAGUACUCCGACGAGGAGCUGGAUACAGAACGAUAUGUGCUCGGCGGCAGUUGACAGUGUUGGCUGGCAGUGGAUUGUGCAUACGCCCCCAGAUGUGGGACCAAAGACUGUGCUUACACUUAAGAUGUAAUAUUUACAAUAAAUUACGAAUUAGAUUCUAAAGAAAGAUCAUUUUUAAACGAA